AUGAUCAUAAGCGAUCAACGGAGAGCAUGCGGCUUUUUAACCACCUCAGCUACUUUUAGUUACGGUUCUGUAAGUCGUUCUCUUUAUUUUGUUGAUUCUGAAGAUCCUACGGUGCACACCCAAAAUAUUGAAAAUUACCGGCUUCAUGCCAAAAAGCGUAUAAAAGCAUAA